ACCCCCAAGGCUGUGCAGUGUACACUCAGACCGCCUGCACCUCCUCUUCCGCCUCGCCCGGCUGCUGUUGCUGAGUCUGAGACCUAAAAAAUUUAUUAAAAAAAAAAAACAACUAAAAAUCCCCACCUCCAGAUCCAUUGGUCGUUUUUUUUACCCGGUUUUUUUUUUUCAGGCGGUAAACGCAAAACCAAACCGUUUACCGUCAGACGGCGGAUGUCCGUUGUUGUCAGUUAUUGCCGGGUAAACGUACCCAUCUACCGGCAGAGGGAGCUGUUGGACGACCACAAUACUCUCUGUACACGUCGCAAUGCAUUUAUUUAAGUCAAUCAUCAUAUACGUUUGUGGUGGUAGUCGUUUAUUAUCAUUUCCCUGGGCGCGCGGUCAUUUGUCGUGCCGUCGUCGUUAUCCGCGUCACCACCAUUCGGCCACGGUCGGCAAUUGAUCCAGACGCCGCGGGAACACGCCACGGCUUCUCUGCGAUAUCGGUACGUAACCAAGACGCGCAUAAUAACAAUAAUAAUACACGACAACAACAACAACAACAACAACAACAACAACAAUAACAACAAAAACAACAACAUCGACGACGACGACGACGACAAUAUUAUACGGGUGACGCGUGCCCCGUACAACGAUCCAGUUGGUGGAAUUAGAUGAUAGGUAGCCCGCAAUGGCAGAUGUGCAAAUGGAUAUUUACGAGGACAUGUUCAAAGAAAUUACGAAAAAAAUUUACGGGCAAGAUACAUCGUCGUCUGAGGACAGGCAGUUUGCUGGUCAAGACGCGUACAAAAUGGUGGAAGAGGGCUUGAGCAUGAUCGACAACGACGACGCGGCCGAGUCGUUCGUCGAACAAUCGCAGCCCGAGGACGACCCGUGGGUGACCAGUAACGAAACGAUCGCGUGGACUACGUCAAAAAUCGGUAGCUACAACGUGGACAAGAAACUAUUCAAGUGUCAGGAGUGCGAUUCAAUGGGCCUACUUUCCAGCGUGGCCGAACACUGGCUGGGCACACACGCCGACGUCAAGGUGUUCCAAUGCCCACAAUGUCCGUACGCGAGUGCGUACACAAAGUGCAUCCGCCUGCACUUGGCCCGGCAACACAACGUGGUGGCUGAACACGGGACGCAUCAACAAGCUGGCCGGAAGUCGUGGAAGGAGAGCCCAGUGCUCGAAGAGGUCACCAGCUACCUGGGCCGGUUGAAGGCAGCGGCAGACAAGGCGAUAGCCACAGCCGCAGCCGCCACAGCAGCCGCCGCCGUAGCCGCAUCCGCCGUAUCUACGUCCGCCGAACAAGAUGUCGCCGACGACGAAAUGCGACUGAACGCGGCUGACACGGAAACGCAGACCGCUCAGAAGCGAUUCAACUGCGCCCACUGUCCGUACGCCACUGACCGGCGGGACCUGUACACCAGACACGAGAACAUACACAAAGAGGACAAACCGUUCCAGUGCGACAUAUGUCAGAAGCAGUUCAAUCGGGCGGACCACGUCAAGAAACACUACACGCGCAUGCACAGAGAACACGAGUACUGCUUGAGCCGAGUAAAACGCGAUCCAUUCGCCAAGUCGGCGGCCGCGGUACACCAUCAGCAGAGAGUGACGCUGUACUCGGGCGACCCACCGCCGCUGGAACCGGAGACGCAGAUCAUCGUGUCCCGGCGGAUCGACGAACAACCGCUGGCCACGGCGCCGAUCAUUACCACUAACAAUUCCACCUUGUCCACUCUAGUGCUGGACGACCAUCAACAACAACAGCAGCAACAACAGCAGCAGCAGACGGUCGUCAAUAUCGCCGUAGUCAAUUUUAACGAACAGACCGGCACGCACACUAUACAAAUACCGAUACCCACUAACCAGAUAAAACCGGUGAUGUUUGCGCCAGAUACUAUUCUGUCGGUGGACUCGGUAGUGCCGACGAGCACGGCGGCGAUGACGACGAAACCGAAGGGCAAAGGUAGUAGGAAAAAAAUAUUCGAGAAACGGUAUUGCUGCACGUUUUGCCCGUGGUCGGGAGUCGACAAUUGGUGUCUGAAACGCCAUCUCAACACCCACAUGAAACCGUAUGAGUGCGUGUUCUGCGAGUACAAAGCGGCUAGGGCUGAACGAUUGGCCACCCACGUGUUCAAAGUACACAGCAAACGAAUGUGCUGCCGAUGUUCGUACAUUGCUCAGGACCAAGACGACCUGUAUGCCCAUCAAUCCGAAAACAAUCACAAAAGCGUAAGGUCUCGUCGUACACAGACAUCGCCAAUACCGUCGUCGCCCGAACAAUCCGAGGAAACUGCAGACAAAAAUGACGUAAUUGUCGUUUGGCCAAUGACGGGCGUAACGGAUUCUCAGAGUUCUAUUCAAAUAUAAUAAUUAAUUGAAUCGAUGUGCCAAAACGAAUAUUAUUGUCUAAUCGCAUAGUUACAGGGAUGAAAUAAACUAUCGAUAGGCAUGAUACAACACACUAUAAACCUCAACUGAGCAUUUAGAAUAAAUAAUUCGAAUCUACAUAAUAUAUAAUAAUAUAAAUGACUCUCAAAUUUAACUGUAAUUACUUUUUAAGUACAAAAUUGGAAGAAAAAAUUGUAUUAUUCCCAAAGCCCAAAGGUAUAUGAUAAUUAUAUUGUGUAUAUAUUAUAUAGUGAGAGAUUAAUAUUAUUCAAUUUACUAUUUUAACAUAUUUUAAUGUUCGCGUAGCAUCCCAAAUAUAUAUACUGCAUUGUUAUAUAAUAUUGCAUAGGUAGGUGUAAACAAUAUUAUACUAUAUUUUAAUACUGUCAUCGUUGCCGAUCGCGUCCGGCUUUCAGGUCGACUAGAAGUAGACGGAAAGCAAGGUACCUACUCGAAUUAAUUGAACGUAGCUACCACGCGUAUUAUGUCGAAGGCGUAGGUAUAACGUAUAGGUCUGCCCACUCAACUAUUAAUUACCAUGUAUUACAUAAUAUAAUUCACGUACCUAUACAUCAAAACGUCUAUAAAAACAUUAUAAUUAGCAUACAAAUAGGACUUUACAACAUUUUUGAAAAAAAAAGCGAUAAAUGUAGAGUACCUAUUGUUAUAGUAACAUAGGCCAUUUAAAAUAAAUUAUUAGCACAAUUUCAAAAUAUAGUUAUAGAUAUAGGUAUAUUAGGAUUUAUUUUAAUUUUUACAUUCGGGUAAAAUGCGUAAAUGUUUUAUGAUCAAAAAGCAGGUAACCGUUAAUAAAUAUUAAAAAUACCUAUAUACUACAUAGGGUAUACUAAACAAAAUAUAAAUUCGAAGGAAUUUCGGUUGAAAUACCUGCUAAAUCUUACCGUAAAACUACCUAAUACCCAUAGUAUAUUUCUAUAAUAUUUGUGUGUUCUAAAUUCGAUAUCCAUAACCGAACCAAAAAAUAAUUAAUUUAAUUGCAUAUGCCACAUACCUAUUAUUCACUAAUCAAAUUAUUAAUUAGCUAAUACAAUUUUGUUCCAUUAAUUUUUAUAUUUAUAUUUAAUUGUUAAAGAUUGUUGUAACAUUGGUUGUUAAGCUUACAACAAAAAUCAUAUUAUAAUUAUAAUAGUUACAACAUUUA